UCUUUUGAUCUAGUUUAAUCUGCUGAUUGUUAUCCUGAUUGGUCAAGGUCAGCCCUGGGGUCGCCCCACAAUUUAACUAGCUAUCUCUAUUACACGAAUCACUUUUUAAGGUAGAUUAGGUAUGUGUGUAUGUAUGUGUGUGUAUUUAUAUAUAGAUAGAUAUAGAUAGAUAGAUAGAUAGAUAGAGAGCUAUUCCCCUUAAACUACACUCUCAGACCAAAAUAGUACUGAACUGUACCUGUCCUUGUUGCUGGGGUAGGGUACAUCUUUCGCAUCUUUAAUAUGUAAAAUACUUUUGAGGGUACCACCCCAACGACACGUAAUGGUACCGUUUAGUACCCUUUUUCGGAGUGUAGAAACCUAUACACCCAGUAAGGUGUGUUUUCAUGUAAAUACAGCCUCAAGCAAAGCACCUGUAGACCCCUCUAGCCUAUAACUCUUCUACACCUGCGUGUUUAAUAUAGCUGGGUGUAGUUUAGGACGCAGCCCGCUGGUCUGCUCUCCCCCCACACCGGCGUUUCCGUCGACAGAGGCACGACGGAGAAGCAAAACAUGGUCAUCAUCAUCAUCACCGGCAGAAGCAGCAGAAACAGCAGCAGCACGAGCAGCUUGAUCUCCGCCGCGCCCGAAGCCCCCGACCCCGACCCGCCUUCCAAAAAUAAGCCCCUGCCGCCAUGCGCGCGAAGGAAGCGAAACGAGGCGAGCGGUAUUUUUAGGGCCGUUCGCGUUGACCACGUGCGCCAACGGUAAACCGGACGGCCGUUGCGCAGAAGCAGCGCCUCGACGGCAUGCCCCGGCGCGAGAGCAGCGCGCGCCACACGAGCACGGCGACGGCGCGGACGGCGAUCGUCCUGCUGGGCUUUCUGCUCGGGGUCGCGUCCUCGCGCAGGACCCACGCCACGACGCUCGAGGCAAGGUGGGAAACGCUGUUCGCGCGCUCCGUGCUCGGGAUCUCGGGGGACAACGACUAUUUGAUGGGCGUCAAGAGAGUGCGGAGGCUGUACUGCAACGUGGGCAUCGGGUUUCACCUGCAGGUGCUGCCAGACGGAAGGAUAAACGGUGUACAUGACGAGAACCAGUACAGUCUUAUAGAGAUCUCAGCGGUGGAGAGAGGAGUGGUGAGUCUCUAUGGGCUGAAAAGUGAGCUGUUUGUCGCAAUGAACCGCCGGGGAAGGUUGUACGCAACGAGAGACUUCCGGGACGAGUGCAAGUUCAAAGAGACAUUGCUUCCCAACAACUACAAUGCCUAUGAGUCUUCCAUUUAUAAGGGCUUCUACAUCGCCCUGAGCAAACAUGGCCGUCUGAAGAGAGGCUACAAGGCCACACCGGCUAUGACUGUCACACACUUCCUCCCUCGAUUAUGAGCGAGACUGGCAAUAACUCACUCUUUUUUGCACAUAUUGGACGAUCUCACAGACACACAGGGAUUCCAUAUGCAAACUCUCACCCAGACUGAACAUGCCCUCAGUCCUUCUCCUCUGCUGGGCUGUACUCACACUCCAUACUACAGCCACAUGUUACCAUCUGCAGUGGACAUCCUUAGCCUCGGGUGCCGAUCCAGCGGACCCAGAAACACACCAAUGGCUUGAAGAAAAAAACUAUUUCAUCAGGAAAAAAGGCAAUAAAAUAGCUAAAAAACCUGUUCGUCGAGGUUCGGAAGGUAACUUCAACUACAGGAAUGACCAGUAUAAAAGCUGUUUCUCAGUCCUAAACAUCGUUAAGAAAAGUCCUGCUUUCUUAUGCUUGGACUCCAAAGGAAAGUUAUACACCUCAGUAUUUGACAGCAACGAGGUCUGCCGGUUUCGCCGUGUCAAAAGAUAUAAACACUACGACGUGUUUCACUCCUGCAAGGGUGACGUCCUAUUGGUCAACCAUCGACAACUCAAAAUAUACACUCAUAAUUUACCAAAGUUGUCUGACUUUGUCUUCCUAAAGCGACCCAAAAAUCGAACGCACCAUAGGAAGAGACGCAGUUGGCACACUGAUCCGUCAGACCCUUUAGGAUCCGAGUAUCCAUAUUUAAGCACAGUGAGAAAUUGGAGAAGUGACUCGGAGCAUGGCGGUAACGUAUCGAAGGAGACCAUUACUUCAGUAGAUGAUCCUUUAGAGGUGUUGCUGUCACAUAGUGCACAAACUCCUACUCUGGAAAAACACAGGGAAAACAGAAAAGUGAGAUUCUGAGUGGAAUCUCGCCAUCUUUCAUUACCUGCAUUAGAUUGCAUUUCACUAUUUAAUGAAUCCAUUGUGGGUUGUACCACAGUGUACACUCAUUCAUUUUAUACCAUUAUGAUCUUGAAUUUUUUAUUCUGAUUGGUCAGAAGGUGUUGAUUAAUAUUCAAUAACAGCAGCUAGUUCAGCAGUUCCGACUGCAAAACAAAUCACAGGUUUAUGUUAAUGCACUUGUUCAAUGUUAAUACAUUAUCAUUUCUAUAAUAACAGCUUACACAGGGACUGGCGUGGUGAUAUAAAACAAAAACACAUGUAAUCAUUGAUAUGGUGAAGAUUUUUGUAAGGAGAGUUUUAUUUAGCAUUUAUAGAAGGAGACUUCAGUGUCAGCUCUUUGUAACGUUAGGCUGUAUGUUUAAGUUUUCUCACAUGGGAAAGUCUUUAGGGUGGAGGGUUUUGUGUUUUCUCACAUGACGAGCGCAAAAGAGAGGCUGGUGAGAAAAUAACUAUUUAUAUCAGCUAUAACAAAAGUGAUAACUUGUUUUGCAGACAGUCAACAACACUAAAUAUAACUAGAAUUGGAUAAGACGUGCAACAAGUUCUUUAGUAAAUAAAAAAGUGUUAAUACCAGUACAUUGUUGUGGUAUGAGGGUUAACAAACUUUAAGACAUGAUGUCAUAGGACAAUAAUCAACUUCAGGGUGGUACUACUAGCUCAUCUUGGUGUCAGGCUGCAUCACACUACCCGGUCAUUGAUUAUAUUCCCAUAACAGUGUUUUAUUUGUUUGUUAUCUGAUGUACACUGCAGCCUCUUUGAUGUGGCAUGUGACAAGUCCACUUUCCCUGAGUAGGUCAGCAUCUGCCCUUUCACCCAAUUUAAUAAGUUAACAGUUAAACAGCAUCUGUGUUUCAUGUUAUUAGAGUGGAGUUCAUUUAUGACACUUCAAGAGCAAUGGUCAUGGGUUACAUCACUGAAAGUGGAAAUUGAUUUUUCUGAGAAUUACACAUAUUGUUUGUACACAAUAACCUAUGGAUUUUUGGUUCAAAAUGAAUAUUUUUAAACUUAUGUGAGAUGUUUAUAGUUCAAUAUUAAUUGUUUUCCAAUAAUGACUAAUAUCUUCAUAAUAUUAUAAAUUGAUCAAAUGGUGCUGGACACUUCUAUGUACUUAUUUAUUUGUGUUUAUAUAUGAUAUUUUAUACUUAAGCGUAAUAUCUUAUCAAGUCAUACAAUUUACAGUAUGCCUGCUUUUAAUAUAUGCAUUUGACUUUUUUUUUUAUUGGACUACUUUGUUUUCUUAGAAUGACAUUCUGUUAAAUGUAUUUUUAUUUGUACACUACAAACUAUAAUGAUGAUUGUAUUUAUACAAACCUAAUAAAAAAUUUCACCUUUUA